AGAGAGAUCUAGAGAGACAGAACAGGUCAGAGGAUGUCAAAGUCGUCACCGAUAUCAGCGUCGUUUCCGUUCAAUCACAUCCAUCCGACUCGCAAUAUCGUAUCACUCACGUAGGAAAGACCCAGUCUCAGGAUGUUCUUCUGUGCCAUCUCUGGAUCUCCACCUACCGUACCGGUCGUAUCGACCAAGUCGGGGCACGUUUACGAAAAGAACCUGAUCGAGCAGUACAUCGAACAAAACGGAAAUGAUCCGAUUACGGGAGAGGCUUUGACGAAGGAAGACCUGAUCGAUGUGAAAGCUAAACCUCAAACCCUCCCUCCCCGUCCUCCAACCCAAUCCUCAAUUCCUGCCCUCCUCACCUCCCUUCAGUCGGAAUACGAUACCAUCAUGCUCGAAUCUCUCGAGAUCAAAAAGGCGUACCAAGCCGCUCGACAAGAAUUGGCCAACGCGCUCUAUCGGGAAGAUGCCGGAGUGAGGGCUUUGGCGAGGAUCAUCAAGGAGCGGGACGAGGCUAGGGGUGCUUUGGCCGAGGUCAGGGCGACCAUCGGUGGUGGUCAGGUGCAGGGACAGGCUGGAGAGGCGCAUAUGCAAGAGGGGGAUGUGGAGAUGGGUGAAGGUGCAGAGGUGCAGCAGGCGCUGCCAAAGGAGGUCGAGAAUGUUUUGGCCGAGACGAACGCCGCCCUAUCAUCGGUUCGAAGAAAGAGAAAGCCCGCUCCCGGGUACAGCAAGGCUGCCGAUGUCAAGACCUACAUUCAGACUUCGACGGUGCCCUCGGUUCACGGUACCAAGCCUCCCGGUAUCACCGCUCUCGAUCUCUCCCUGGAUGGCAAGCUCGCCCUGACGGGAGGUGCCGACAAGACGGUCCAGGUGUACGACUUUGAGAGUGAAAAGACUUUGGCGACCUUGAAGGGACACACCAAGCCCGUCAACAAGGUCGAAUUUGUCGAUACCCCGCAGAGGUCCAUGAUCGUCUCGAGCAGUGCCGACAAGACGGUCAAGCUAUGGAGCUCGGAGGGUGCCGCAGGAGCAGAAUCUGAGUGGAAGUUGAAUGGGAACAUGACGGGCCACAAGGGAGACAUCGUCGGUUUCGCCGUUCACCCUUCGAAACGCUACGUCGCCAUCGGAUCUGCCGAUUCCACUUGGUCCAUGCGAGACUUGGAGACCACCUCGGUCGUCAAGACCUACAACGCCAUCGAGGGAUUCGAGGGCAGCUUUACUUAUACCUCGGCUGCCAUGCACCCGGAUGGUCUGUUGUACGGAUUCGGUACGGACGAUGGAAGGGUCAGGAUUUGGGACGCUAGGGACGACAAGACCUUGGCUGGAACCCUGGACUCCCACACGAGUGCAGGGAAUUCCGUGACCACGCUGUCGUUCAGCGAGAACGGUUACUUCCUCGCAACCGGUUCCAAGCAGGACCCCAGCGUCAACGUGUUCGACUUGCGUAAAUUGUCCAUCCUCUCGACGAUCAACUUCAACCCCGAUGGCAAGGUCAACGAGGUCAGGUUCGACCCGUCGGCCCAGUUCCUGAGUGUCGUCGGGACCGAGGCCAAGGUUUACGCGAACAAGAGUUGGGAAGAGGUCUUGACGUUUGACGACAAUGCGGGAGAAUUGACCGGGUUGAGGUGGGGCGGUCUGGGGGAGAAGAUUGUGUUGGCCGGGAUGGACAGGCAUCUGAGGGUCCUGAGCGCGGCGGCUUGAGCGAGUCGGUGUGAGGUAGCGCUGGUUGGCGCGAGGGAUGUCUUGUAACGAGCUGUUGUUCUCGGUUCUUCUUCAUUUUCGUAUACGAUGAUAAAUCAAAGGGUUCCUUUCGU